AUGCCAAAGUCAGUGCAUAAUCCCAAGCGCCGCCCCACCAGCCCGAUAAUCUGGUUCACCGCCAUCAUCUGCGCUAUACUAGCAGUGGCCGUAAUCAUUGCUGGCCUCGUCGUUUUCAUCGGCUACCUCGUGAUCCGUCCCAAGGUGCCUCAAAUCAGCGUCAGGACGGCUCAACUCGACACGAUAUAUUUCGACCAAGCAAGUUUACUCACUGUGCAAGUUACCAUUGUAAUAAAAGCAGAAAACGACAAUGCAAAGGCUCAUGCAAAUUUUUACAACACAAACUUUGCACUCAGUUUUCAUGGCGUGAAAAUGGCUUAUUUGGUUGCUGAACCAUUCGAUCUAAGCAAAAACAGCUCGAAAGAAUUCAAUUACGUCGUUCAAUCGUCACCUAUUCCAUUAGAACCAGAAUAUGCAGAGAUUGUAAACUGGUCAUUGCGGCGAAAUGUGAUAACUUUUGAGCUCAAAGGGAAUACAAGAACUCGAUGGAGAGUAGGGCUAUUGGGUUCGAUCAAGUUCUGGUUGCAUUUGAAUUGCCAACUCCGUUUACCAGUAAAUAGAACUGCAAUUUAUCCGCGUUGUAGCUCUGGAUCUUAA